GAGCGGGGCGGAGCGGGGCGGGGAGCUCCGCGCGGCUCCACCAAGGCGGCGCUCGGCUCGGCCCGGCUCCGGCAGUCGCCGCCCGUCGGGUCCCGCGGGCAGCCGCGCCCCGCCUGCCGCCAGCACCGCCGCCAGCACCGCCACCGGUGCCAAGCGGGGCACGGCCGCGGGCGAUGAGGGGCGGCGGCGGCCCCGCCGCCGAGCCCUGACUAAAGAUGGCCGCGCUGCCCGGGGGGAACAUGGCGGGGGGCGGCCGGGGGGCGCGGGGAGCGCCGCUGCUGCUGCUGCUGCUGCUGGGCUGCUGCUGCCAAAUGGGCCGCCCGCCCGCCGCCUCCGCCGCUGCUCCGCCUGCCUCUUCCUCCUCAUCAUCCUCAUCCUCCUCGGCGGAGGAGACGGUGAUCAUCGGGCUGCGGCUGGAGGACACGGACGACGUCUCCUUCAUGGAGGGGGGAGCGCUGCGGGUGAGCGAGAGGACGCGGGUCAAGCUGCGGGUGUACGGGCAGAACAUCAACAACGAGACCUGGUCGCGCAUCGCCUUCACCGAGCACGAGAGGCGGCGGGGAGGAGGCCGGGCGACGCUGGCUGGAGACGGCGGGGGAGCGGCGGCGGUGGUGGGGAGAGGAGGAGGAGGAGGAAUGGGCUCCUCGGCUGGAGGAGGAGGCGGUGGAGCCCCGCAGCGCUGCGGCAUCCGCACGUCGGACAUCAUCAUCCUGCCGCACAUCGUGCUCAACCGGCGCACGUCGGGCAUCAUCGAGAUCGAGAUCAAGCCCCUGCGUAAGACGGAGAAGAGCAAGUCCUAUUAUCUGUGCACCUCCGUCUCGGCCCCUGCUGCCGCCGCCCUAGGGCCCGGGGCCGCCGGUGGGUUGGUGGGUGCCGAGGGACCCGCCGGCCCCCCGCCCUGGGGGGAGACCACCUGGAUCUACCACGACGGAGAGGACACCAAGAUGAUCGUCGGGGAGGAGAAGAAGUUCCUGCUGCCCUUCUGGCUGCAGGUGAUCUUCAUCUCGCUCCUGCUCUGCCUCUCGGGCAUGUUCAGCGGCCUCAACCUGGGCCUCAUGGCGCUGGACCCCAUGGAGCUGCGCAUUGUGCAGAACUGCGGCACGGACAAGGAGAAGAACUACGCCAAGCGCAUCGAGCCCGUGCGCCGUCAGGGCAACUACCUGCUGUGCUCCCUCCUGCUGGGCAACGUCCUGGUCAACACCACGCUGACCAUCCUGCUGGAUGACAUCGCCGGCUCCGGGCUGGUGGCCGUGGUGGUCUCCACCAUUGGCAUCGUUAUCUUCGGCGAGAUCGUGCCGCAGGCCAUCUGCUCCCGGCACGGCCUGGCUGUGGGCGCCAACACCAUCUUCCUCACCAAGUUUUUCAUGAUGAUGACCUUCCCGGCCUCCUACCCUGUCAGCAAACUGCUGGACUGUGUCCUGGGUCAGGAGAUCGGCACCGUCUAUAACCGGGAGAAGCUGUUGGAGAUGCUGCGGGUCACUGACCCGUACAACGAUCUGGUCAAGGAGGAGCUCAACAUCAUCCAAGGAGCCCUGGAGCUGCGCACCAAGACGGUGGAGGACGUGAUGACUCCGCUCCGGGACUGCUUCAUGAUCGCUGCCGAGGCCGUGCUUGACUUCAACACCAUGUCCGAGAUCAUGGAGAGCGGCUACACCCGCAUCCCCGUUUUCGAGGGUGACCGCUCCAACAUCGUGGACCUGCUCUUCGUUAAGGACCUGGCUUUUGUGGACCCUGACGACUGCACGCCCCUCAAGACCAUCACCCGGUUCUACAACCACCCGCUGCACUUUGUCUUCAACGAUACCAAGCUCGACGCCAUGCUGGAGGAGUUCAAGAAAGGCAAGUCUCACCUGGCCAUAGUACAAAGAGUAAACAAUGAAGGAGAAGGGGAUCCUUUUUAUGAAGUCCUGGGAAUUGUCACUUUAGAAGAUGUGAUUGAAGAGAUCAUCAAAUCUGAGAUUCUGGAUGAAACAGACCUAUACACUGAUAACAAGACGAAAAAGAAAGUAGCUCAUCGGGACAGGAAGCAGGACUUCUCUGCCUUCAAGCAGACAGACAGCGAGAUGAAGGUUAAAAUAUCACCGCAGCUCCUCCUGGCAAUGCACCGCUUCCUGGCAACAGAAGUAGAAGCCUUUGGUCCAUCCCAGAUGUCAGAGAAGAUCCUUCUCAGGCUGCUAAAACAUCCCAACGUUAUCCAGGAGCUGAAAUACGACGAGAAGAACAAGAAAGCCCCAGAACACUACCUCUACCAGCGAAACAAGCCUGUUGACUACUUCAUUCUCAUUUUACAGGGGAAGGUGGAAGUGGAGGCUGGGAAGGAGGGGAUGAAGUUUGAAGCUGGUGCUUUUUCCUACUAUGGGGUGAUGGCCCUCACAGCAUCGCCAGUUCCCUUGUCCCUGUCUCGUACCUUUGUUGUCAGCAGAACAGAGUUGUUAGCAGCAGGUUCUUCAGCCGAAAACAAGUCUCCACCUCGGCCCUGUGGCUUGAAUCACUCAGACUCUUUAAACCGAAGUGAUCGCAUCGACGCAGUGACACCGACGUUAGGGAGCAGCAACAACCAGCUGAAUGCGUCUUUCCUCCAAGUGUACGUCCCGGACUACUCAGUGAAAGCACUCACAGACAUUCAGUUUGUCAAGAUCUCCAGACAGCAGUACCAAAAUGCCCUGAUGGCAUCCCGGAUGGACAAAACACCUCAGUCCUCGGACAGUGAAAACACUAAAAUCGAACUGACUCUUACGGAGCUGCAUGACGGUUUGCCGGACGAGACAGCAAACCUGCUGAACGAACAGAACUGUGUGACUCACAACAAGCCCAACCACAGUAUGCACAGUGAAGGAGCCAUCUAGGAGCUGACCUCCCACAACCCACCCAUCCCAUCUCCUCAGCAGGACCAGCCCUCGCUCCUUCCUGCCUCCUCCCCGAGUGUGAACACCGUUAGUAUGUGCUUGCGACACUGUGCUGCAUCCAGUGUUCUGAGACCAAAGACUUGUGCGUCCGUUCUGGGAGCAGAAGAGGAAGAAACGGGAAGAAAGGAGCAAAGAGCAAGACAGAGAGAGACUAAAGCCCCAAGUGUACUUUGGGAAUGGUGAGCCACCCUUGAGAACAAUGAACAUACUUCCUGCAAAGCAGAAUCAUGUUUAUUUUUUAUCUGUAUUUUUGAUCCUUGUUGGGUUUUUUCCUCCUCAAACACAUAUGGAGAAGUUUAAAAGCUGCUCCGGUUAUUUUUUCAAGAGAGAUCAUGUUUUUAAAAAGUAUUUUGCAGAGUUUUAAAUUGUUUCUGUCCCUCCCCAGCCUCAGAUAGGCUCUGUUGUGAUUUUGUGAAUUGGCUCCAAAGUCCUUAGGCCUCUUUUCACCCCUCUCUGGUCCUUUUUGUUGCCCUGUUGAAGAAGUUAGUAACUGGUACUUGUAUGUAUUUGUGUCCUAAGAAUGAGUAAGCUUCAAGGAAACUCUGGUUUCAGCCACCUGGAGGGUCAAGGGAUGAGUAUUAUUACAUUCUCCCAGUUAAGUUUCAGGGAAGGAGGAGCGAUUAUUUUGGUAUUUAACGAUCCCUCAAAUUUCUGAAGGUUUCUUUGUAAAACGGACAAAAGCAUUGUUAACACUUGCCGUUUUGUAACCUCCAAAACCUUUGUGGGUGUUGAAGAUGAUUCUGGGGGGCAGGAGUUAAUUAGCAAAACUGCAAGUCUGGUGAAAUGAAAGGCAGGUGUCAUUUUCCGUGCUGACCUAAGGGGGUGGUUUUUCCUUGGAGUUCCUGACGGUUGCAUUGUGAAGUCCUGUGUGCACCUGACAACAACGAGCUUUUAAGCACUUGCAUGCUGUAGUGGUCUGUGCACCAUUACCCAGAGCAGCUGUGCAGUCUUUGUUAAAUAACACGGAACGGCCCCUCUCCCCCCACCCCCGUGAGAUCUCUAGUAUUAACACAAAAGAUGCUGCUACAGUUAUGCCCAAAGUACAUCCUCCAGGUGACGGCAAACCUCUGCCAGCGCAAGGAUGGGCUCCGCCGAGGAGCUGGGACCAUCCUGCCCUCUCCAAGAACUGACCAAACUUUCCAGACGCGAGUGUUUUGCACUUCAGGGAUUCGGAGAGGUUUGUUUCCGGGCUCUUCCCAGCCACAUUCCUUCCUUUGAGCGGAUUCAGUGCAUUUCCUUCUCUCUUGCCCCUUCUAACAGCCAUUUGAGGGAUUACCGUGGUAGCAGAGCAGAGAGCCUCCCACCCAGCUGCCUCGUGCUGGGCAGCAGACACCAAUUCCUCCACCCCAAAAACCUGCGUGUGGAUGGGGUGGAAGUGAGAGGCUCCCCGUGGCAGUUGUGCAUCACACAUUCCCCGCUCCCACAGAUGGAUUUUAAAUCCUCAAAUGAAAAAAAAAAAACAAACAACAAAAAUGCUCCCCCCUCCCGAUUGUCCCCCCUCCCAGUGCCGUCUCAAACAAAAUGUGAUACAAGGAGAGAGCGCUGACUCGGGCAUCGUGGGUUACGCAGCAUUUCCCUUCCCUUCUGUGCACCCAGGUCACCUCAGCCGACCCCCAGAGAAGCCUCCAGCCCCAAAAGCAACUGCCAGAGCUCUGUGCCUGCGUGCCUGCCCCGCUCUGGUCAGGGAAGGCACCCUAACACGUCCCCACCCUCGGUGCCCGCCGUCUGGCUCGCUGCCUGCUGCCUGGAAAGGUGCAAUACCCGCUGCGGGAGAUCGGGGCCGGCAGCUCUGGGAACAAACCAGGGCCCCUAAACUCGACUCCUGCAUUAAAUUUUAUUAACUUUUCCCAUCCAAAAACAUCUUCUUAGACUCCAGUCGUGCUCUGCCUGCACCCAGAGCUCAGGGCUGGCUCCUUCCCAGCGAGCCGCGGGUAUUGCACCUUUCUCCCAAGGCGAAGCAGGGAGAUGUCGCAGCGUUUGUCCCUGUCUGAGCGCUGUUCAUCCAGCGCUGAUGAAUGUAAAAGUUUGUCGGAAGUGUCUGACGCGGUGGUGAACGCGAGAUGCAGUAUCUGUGUUGUCAAACCUGCUGCAGGAGGGAAGGCUCGAGCCAAGGCAGCUCCCCCUCGGGGACGAGGCUGCUUGCUAGAUCUGACUUCUGCUUCUUACGGCAGGUGAUGGAUUUGUUUUAGUGUCUGUUUCCAUUAAAUAAUAAUAAUAAAAAAAAAAAAGCCAAAUUUUUCCAACCAAAGCCAUGUGAUCCCAAAGCAAAUACCUCCUGCUUCUGCCCGUGCUGCACUGUUCCGAAAUUUCCAGGCGAUUUUGUGCAUGACUGUUUGUCCUCAUUCGUACGGAUCCAGUAACGGGAAGCGAAACGAUUGCCAGAAAAAGAGUUGCUUAUGGAUGUGUUUCAGAUGGAAAACACGUACCUGCCCCGGAGGGGUUAGGAGCUGCUACUAUUAAUUAGCUUGAAGAGCAAGGCUUGGUCCUCUCCGCGGAGGGGAAAGCGUCCCGUCUCCCUGUUCUCAGGGUAUUUGCAGUUUUACUGUUUAACAAAUGCCAGGGGCUCCCUGCCCUGGUGCCGGGAGCCAGCACACACAGAGGAGCCCCGCACCCAGCUCAGGAUGGCUGCUGAGGCUCCGGACGGUGUUUGCAGAAGCAGAGGUGGAAACGCCCCGGGCUCUGAGGCCGUGCCCGUGCUGGGGGGGCCGCUUCCCCUGGCUCACCGCUGGCCUUCAGGUGGGCUCGGAUCCGUGCCACGUCCCCGCAGCAUCAGGGUGGCGCGGGGCACCAGCGGGGGGCUUUGGGAGCCGUUGGACUUGACCUCAGACCUUGGCAAGGCUUUGACUCAUAGAAAGGAUACUGCAUCUUCCCGUGUCGGCCCCCGCUGCCCGCCGCCUUUCCCGGCCCCCUCGGCCUCCCGGCGCGGGCAGGGGGGCGGCCGGCGGCCCGACGGCCUGGGGAGGGCACCUAGCCAUGGUUUCUACUGUCAAUACAAUUUUGCACAAGAGUUCUUUGAAAGUGACGUUUUAAACACUAAUAUCUUCAAUGCACAACUGUGAAUUAUAACUUUUACACUCCUGUUGGUUGAAUUUCCUUUAAAUGAAAUGAACCCGAAUCUGUUGUAACUAUGAUUUAUUAUUAUUAUUAUUUUUUUUUAAAUUCUGUGUAUUGCCAAAUCUUUGUAAAGAGUGAAGGAAUGUUCUUGCUUUCCAAUGAGAAUCUUUCUCCAAACGAGA